AAAGGAUGUCCUUCUACACUUUGGUGAAUUAGUGGCACUGAUUUUCUUUAAUCGAUGAAGAAGAUGAAGAAGAAAUCACCUAAUGUCACUCUGAAACUGUUCAUCUUCACCAUGGCUCCUCUAAUCGAUGUGGAAAAGGAAGCUGAGAUAUCCGCCUCUAUCUCUUCAUGGGCAUCAAGGAAUUUGGAUACUUCUCAAAAGAGGGGCUCCGCAAUUCUCAAUUUGUAGAAUUUUGGGGGGGAAAUGCAGUUGCCUAAUCAAAUAACUUGUUCUGGUAAACUGGAGAUUGGAAAUGAUGAAUUUCCCAUUUUUUGGGCAAUGCAGUUUGGCACCCAUGGCGUAGCCAUAUUAAAACUGAACAUGGUUGAUUCAGGAGCUCUUGGACAAGGUGCAGUUUACUGGCUAAAGGAUUCUUUAAUCAAUGUUGCUUUUGAUAACAUCCAAGAAGAAGAUUUAAACAGUCCGUUACAUCUAGAAAAAGAGUCAAAUGGGGGGUUACAUCCUAGGAUGAAGGAUGCCUUUAUAGAACUGAGUAAAGCUUUGCUAUCAGUACCUGCUGCUGAUCUAGUUCCUUCUUGUUUGGAGAGAGAUUGCCAACAUUGUCAAAGAAGGAUGUGAUGUUAGGCCCUUUUAACUUUAACCUUUAUCACUAUCAGAAGGAUGCCAUUUCAAAAGCUUUGUCAACGAAGGAUGUAUUUUUGCUGCAUGGACCUCCUGGACCUGGGAAAAGUGCAGCUGUAGUGGAAAUUAUCAUCUUACAAGAAAUCAAGCAUGGCUUAAAGAUUCUUGCUUUUGCUGCUCCUGAUAUUGCUGUUUUCUUUUUUUUCUUUUUUUUUUUGGUAUGCCUUCCGAUAUUGUUGUUGACAACAUUGUUGAGUGACUUGAUUCCCUCUGGCAAAGUAUGAAUUAGUAUACAAGAAGAUAUACCUGCAACUAACCUUAGUGCUAACCUAUUAAAGGGAGAGUUUUUUG